AUCGACACACACACACACACACACACACACACACACACACACACAGCUCUGAGCACCAUCAACCCUGUCAGACACUCAGCUCCAUGGGCUCCCCGGCGGCAGCAUCCCGGUUCCUCCGUCUCGCUGCGCCGUGCGCCCGGACGCCGCCGGUGGCCCGGCCCGGUGCGGAGCUCGGAGCCUCCGCUCUGGUGCCGACCAGAAGAAACCUAAACGUCCAGGCGACGACUGAAAAGGCGGAGAAGCUGAAGAGCAUCGAUGAGCUGCCAGGGCCAAGUUUUGCCACCACUCUGUACUGGUUGUUUAUCAAAGGAUACGCGGACAAGAGCCACUUACUGCAGGAUGUACAGAGGAGUCUUUACGGGCCAAUCUGGCGCUCCAGGUUCGGCCCGUUCGACAUUGUCAAUGUGGCGAGUCCAGAGCUCAUAGCUCAGGUAAUCCAACAGGAGGGCCGCUACCCGAUCCGAGCGGAGCUGCCUCACUGGAAGGAGUACCGGGACCUGAGAGGACAGGCCUAUGGUCUGCACGUGGACACAGGGCCGGAGUGGUACAGGAUCCGCAGCGCCCUGAACCCCAAGAUGUUGAAGUUGCGUGAAGUUUCGGCCUACGCGCCCAUCAUCCACCAGGUGGUCGGAGAUCUGCUGCGGCGUAUCGAGCUCCUCCGGAGUCGCAGUCAGGACCAGGUCACUGUUUCAGAUAUGGCUGCUGAGCUCUACAAGUUCGGCUUUGAAGGUAUCUCCUCCAUCUUGUUUGAGACCAGGUUGGGCUGCCUGCAAGACGAGAUCCCCAAAGACACCCUGCGCUUCAUCACCGCCACCAGUGACAUGCUGACGCUGUCCGAGACUGUGGUCCUCUUCCCUCACUGGAGCCGCGGGAUCCUUCCCUUCUGGAAACGCUUCGUUCAGGCCUGGGACGACCUCUAUGACGUAGCCCAGACCCUCAUCGACAGGAGGAUUGCUGAAAUUGAAGCUCAGGUGUCCAGUGGCGAGCCGGCAGAGGGCAUGUACCUGACCUACCUGCUGUCCUGUGGAAAGUUGGCCAGAGCCGAGGUCUACAUCAGCGUCACUGAGCUACUGCUGGGAGGAGUCGACACGACCUCUAACACCCUGUCCUGGGCUCUGUACCAUUUAGCGAUUGACCGCAGGGCUCAGGAUCGACUGUACGGCGAAGUGAACUCUGUGUGUCCGGACAGACAGGAGCCGACCACAGACAACCUGAGCAGGAUGCCCUACCUCAAGGCCGUCAUAAAGGAGACGCUACGCCUUUAUCCCGUGGUACCUGGAAAUGGACGCUUUAUUUCCGAGAAUGAGGUGGUUGUGGCCAACUACUGGUUCCCAAAGAAGACUCAGUUCCAUCUGUGUCAUUACUCAGUCUGUCACGAUGAGGCGGAGUUUGCAGACGCAGAGGCCUUCAUCCCGGAGCGGUGGCUCCGUGCCGAGGCGCACGCCAGCGGCUACUUCCAGCAUCACCCGUAUAGCUUCAUCCCCUUCGGUGUCGGGGUGCGGGCCUGCGUGGGGAAGAGGGUGGCAGAGAUGGAGAUGUACUUUGCUCUGUCCAGGCUGAUACAGCAUUAUGAGGUUCAGCUUGAAGACGGCGCCCCAGCCGUGGAGCCUAAAACUCGAACCCUGCUCAUCCCCGCAAAGCCCAUCAACCUGCGCUUCCUGUCCAGAGCCUAAUGAGGGCGCCACCGAGCUGAGGGUCAACAGCAAUGUUCUUUAUUCUUUGAGUAAAUACAGCUUUGUGUUGCAUUAUGACAGUUUGACUGGAUGAUCACAGCCCAACCUGACACCAAUCACUGUGCAGUUUUUAAAUCGCUUUGACACUUUGACUUGUAGUUUGCGAAGCAUUUAAUGUGCAAACGUCUGCACACACAUUUACAUAUAUCACAGACUACGGGCAUAAAAGACUUACCUGAGGGACCGGAUUCAAGGGAAACUCUGGUAUUUGUUAACCAGGGAGGAGGAGGUUCACAUCAUUCUUGCUAGAGUCUGUAUUUUCCCUCAUUCUUUUACUGAUUAACUCUGAACUUAAUGCUCAGACUUUGCCUUCUUCAUGAUAACAAAUAUAAUCGCUGCAUUUAUUUGUAUAGUGACAAGCCCGAUAUUGUGCUUCUGUUUGUGCGUAUCACUGUACUUUGCACAGACAUGUUUACUGCCGACGUGUGAUUUCAUUCAUCCAUUCUUUUUGCAAUUAAGCAGGUGAGUCACAGGCUGAUGUGACAAAUCUGGUCCGACAUCAAAAAUAAGUGUGUGUGUUGAGUGGGUGCACACUGCCCCCUGUGGUGACAUGAAGCUAGUGUAUGUUAACAAGUUAAUAACUGGGAGUAUGGAAGGAAGCAGCAAAGGAGACGAGAAGACAUUGAAGGAAAGGAGGACAGAGGGAGGAUAAAAGAAGGUGAAGGAAAGGAUUUUUUUUUUUUUAGCUCUUUAAUGUUUCAUCUUAUAUCAAACUGCUUCAAUAACAACAAAAGCUAUAAACUUUUCUUUAUGAUUCUUUAAGAGUCUCCAAAGGUUUUAUUUCUAUGAUUCUUCUUCUGUUUCUAUAACCUAUAAAAAUAUAAGAUGAGCGUAAAAGCUGGAGAUAACUGCAACCACAGUGGGUUAAAAUGACUGUAAAUCAGUAAAACAUCUUUGUUUGGCUAUAAUUUGUUUAAUAUUCCUGCAUAGUUUAUCUCUGAAGCUCUGUUUAACUUUCCUUCACAACUACAUGUAUUUUAUUAUGCAAUGUGGCUGUUAACGAUUGUUAAACUGUUUGAAAUGCACAAAUAUAAAUGAAUAUAUUCAGUGUA